UCCCUUCUUCAAAAAGCUCCAAAGUCAACCUUCACUCCUCGUUAAUGGAAACUUUGUCCCCUUUCAACCAACCACCGCCAUUCCUAACUUUCUGCAUAUAUAACCCCCAACAACUUGACCCAAUUCACCGAAUCUGAAAAAUUCAUCAACAAAUACUUAAACCCUUUUGGGCACACGCAAAUGAUGGUGGAGUUUCAUGGAGAAAUUCGCCCCCACGAUGGAGACAACGAAGAACAGGAAGAAGAGGAAGAAAUUAGCUACGAUGACCUCAAGAAACGAAUGUGGAAAGACAGGCAGAGGCUGAAGAAGAUGAAGGAGACGCGUGACAGCGAAGAGCCGGACUCGGCGGCCAGAGAAGAGGCCUCUCGCCGGAAAAAGAUGGCCAGAGCCCAAGAUUCGAUCCUCAAGUAUAUGGAUAAGAUAAUGGAGGCUUGUAAGGCACAGGGGUUUGUUUAUGGGAUUGUGCCGGAGAAGGGGAAACCGGUCACCGGCUCCUCCGAGAGCCUCCGCGAGUGGUGGCGGGACGAUGUCCGGUUCGAACAAGAUGCUCCCAUUGCCAUAGCUGAAUACCUUCCCAAGGUAAUCGAAGAAACAGGGCUCGACACGGCGUCGUUUUUGCACCUCCUCCACGAUUUACAGGACACCACUUUGGGGUCGAUUCUCUCUGCUCUGAUGCAGCACUGUAUGCCGCCGCAGAGGAAAUUCCCGCUGGAGAAGGGAUUGGCGCCGCCGUGGUGGCCGACGGGGAAGGAAAUUUGGUGGGGGGAACAGGGCGCCGCCGGUGGGCACGGCGUUCCGCCUUACAAAAAGCCCCACGACCUCAAAAAGGCAUGGAAAAUCAGCCUUCUCGCGGCGGUGAUUAAGCACAUGUCCCCUGAUAUGGACAACAUGAGGAAACUCGUCCGGCAAUCGAAGAAUUUGCAGGCGAAAAUGACGGCUAAAGAGACGUUAACUUGGACUAAAGUCGUGAACCAAGAAGAAGCCCUCUUGGAAUUAACCAAAAAGAGCCUGAAAAUCACUGGAGAAGAACAUGAAGAAAACAGAGCAGAAGAAGAAGAAACCAGAGCAGAGGAACUCGUUGGAGGGGGAGGGGGAACCACCCAUUUUCGAGGGAAUGAGAAACGGAAGUGUUUAUUCAAUCGAGAAACUGCGGGCGACACGGCCCUGUAUACUUGCCAGAACAAAUGGUGCCCACAGAGCGAGUCCUUGAUGGGAUUCGUGGACAAGAACGCAAGAACAGAGCACGAGGCGCAGUGCGUAUACAGAAACAACGCGGUGGUGGAGGCAGGGCAGUUUUCAGACGAGCAUGCGAUCGACAAUCAUCUGAAGAGCGUGGUGGAGUGGAUGAACUUGGAGCUGGCGAGGGCAGAGCCGAACAGCAGCGAGGAGGCACGGAUGGAGGACAACGGAGAUGGGUCCGAGAGCAGGGCGGUGGAGAAUUACGGCACCAGGUACUGGAAGGCCGGCGUGGGAGAGGCGACGGUGGACGAGGCGUUUGAGAUGCACAGCGAGAGCAUGGAUUUGAAUGUUAGUCCGACGGAAGAUGAGGGCUGCCAUCAAGAUGCCACUUCUAUUUGGGAUUUGAGAUACGAAUGGACUGAAGAAUAAAUGAACAACUUUGAGUCAUUAUAGAAUAUAGAUAGGUUGAUCUAAGUAGAAACUUUGAGUUUUUAUGUGUUGAAGCAAGAUCGAAGGAAACACUCAGGUUCAUUCUUCUCUUCCAUUCCUAUAACUAUUAUUGGUAUUGGUAGUGUUAUUCAAAGUCUAAUUGGAUUUUGUUUGGAAUUUUUUUAGAUCUACAUAGGUGGGUAUACAAAGUCUAAUGGGAUUUUGUUAGGAUUUAUUUUAAAUCAACAUGACCUCAAACCUGUCGAGUGGAGUCGAGCCUCUCUCAAUUAGUUGAACUAUGUUUAUUAGUCAAACAUGUCUUCAACUCAAGUUGGCGAGUCAAACAUAUCUUAACCGUUUUCAACUAGUGAAGUUAUUUUAAAGUUGGUAAGUUGGAUUUUGUUUUUAUGAUAUCUCAGUCAGUCA